AUGAAGAAUGGAUUCAAGCAAAAUAUUCUCUUCCCUACAGAAUCUACAGGUAAUGGUAUUGUUGGUGAUGGCAACACUGUUUCAAGUCUCGUCAAUGUCAAUCCUCAAAUCAAUGCUGGCGUGAAUCUUCUAAGUUCAGCAGCACAAACCGUUUCUAGUGUCGCUGGCGGUGUUGCUGGUGCUAGUGGUGGACUUUUAGGCGACGUACUAGGUAGCGCAACUAGUGGACUUUUAGGUGGCGUACUUGGUGGUGCAACGAGUGGAGUUUUAGGCGGCGUACUUGGUGGCGCAACUAAUGGACUUUUAGGCGAUGUGGUUGGCGGCUUGGGUGGUGCGGCCAACGAUAUCGGCGGCCAGCAAGUCGUGAAUGCUCUAAAUAUUGUCAACCAAAAUACACCAGGUGAAGCUAACGGUGCAGAAACAGCUGGCUCGCGCGGUGCUGUAAACAACUUAGGUGGUAGCCAAGCUCGUAAGUAG